AGAGCGAGCAUGUGCAGUGUCUCGUGCGGAUUUUACCGGCCAGACGCAGCGCAAAGGACUUUGCCAUUAACCCCCGCUUUAUUUCUGCGUUUGCUUGUCAAUUUUACGAAUAAUUGGUUUAAAAAAAGUUAGCGACUGCUUUUGAGGAGUCGAGGGGGAUACAAGAAAAAAAAAAAAAAAAAACGCAAGACUUAGUGGGGGUUCCACGAGAGAAGCGACAGGAGUUUGGGGCCAGACGUGGAAAGCAAGGCGAAGUAGGGAUUGGGAGAAGACACCCCCCCCCCCCCAAAAAAAAAAAAAAAAAAAAAACAACAUCAAAAACAAAGAAAACAACCACAACAACUACUACUACUGCAAAAAACGGAAUAAUGAGGAACGUUUGCUUCAUUUUGACCCUGGGCUUAGCAGUCUACCUCUCGAUGGACAGGAUAGCAGAGGCAGCAAAGACUUCCUCCCAGUCUGAUGACUUAUACCUGGAUGACACAGGUUCAGGAGGUUAUUACCCAGAAGAUGACGAUGACUUUAACUCGGGGUCUGGCUCUGGUGCUAGCGAAGAGGUGGCUGAAGAAACAGUGACAGUUAGUAUGGUGUAUAUUGCACCCAAAGCUGUACAACCCACCAAGGACUCCACCAAAGUUUUCACCCCCAAGGUGGAGACAGCAACGGUCAGGGAAAAGGCCAGUGACAGCACACCGAAGAAACCAUUCAGAACAGAGGCACCAGUACCUGUUACAGAGGACAUGCAGAGGAACCAGAUGACUAGCACAACCAGUGCCCCGGGCUCUGCUCAAGAGCCCAUCGAGGUCCGCACCGAGAACCUUUUCCAAAGGACAGAGGUGUUGGCAGCUGUUAUUGCUGGCGGGGUGAUUGGAUUCCUAUUCGCCAUCUUCCUCAUCCUACUCCUGGUCUACCGCAUGAGGAAGAAGGACGAGGGCAGCUAUGACCUGGGUGAGAGGAAACCUUCCGGGGCAGCCUAUCAGAAGGCCCCAACCAAGGAGUUUUAUGCAUAAAAGUCACUCCCACCUGUCACGGGAUCAACAAAUCACAAGAGGCUGCCUGAGCUGCCGCCCAUGGCAACCGCCAACACGAGAAACAACAAUAAGUUACAAUAUUGAUUUAAAGAAAAAUAGCAUAAUGGAAAGCUUUUGCAUAACAUAUUGUUAAGAUCUUUUUCCCUUCUUUUGUUUGAAAAAAAUACAAGCUUUCAUCGUUUUAUGGCAACUGUCAGUGUGUUUGAUGAAAAGGUUAAAAAAAUAACACAAACAGGAUCUGUAAAGGUGAGAAAAUAAACUGCAUUUGUCUUCUGUCUAAGGAGCUUGUGUUUAGUCACUGACUACUUUUAACUGUAGCAGUAUGUUAUUUGUAAAGAAAAAAAAUUCAAAGUGGAAAUAAUUGAAUAUAAUUAUAAUGUAUCAAUUCUACUUUAUUUCUUUUUUAUUUUGUCUUAGCAUGUCUGAUGUUGAUCUCUAAAGUUGUAUUACAUUAAUUUAUCUUUUCUCUGAUGUUGAAAAAUGCCUUUGUAGUUUUGAUGAAGCGCUUUUGUCUUCACAUUAACGUUGUUAAUAGUCAAUGUAAAUUUUCUCCCUUCAGGUUGCAAUGUUUAUUUUAUUUUUAUUUUUUUGCUCUAAACCUAUUUUUGAACAAAGGUGAGCAUUACAUCACGUCUUGUUAUUUUGUUAUUCUCCGCAUUUUCUUUUUUUUUGGACAUUUUAUUACCAUAACCAGGAAUUAGUAUAACAUGGAGGAACGGUGUGUCAGGGUUCUAAAAAAGAAAAAGGCUUUGUCUUUCAAAUUGCACACCAUUUUUUUAGUCUAUUAUUAUUAUUAUUUCGGCCUACAACCACCUUCCUCAAUGUAUAACUGACUGCACCCUCACCAAACUAGCAUCCUUCUCCCCUUCCCUGGCCUCUUUUCCUCUCUGUUUACCAUCCCGCCCACCUUCUUUCUAGUCAGUCUGGAGCACGGCCAGUUUAGCCAUCAAUGACCUGCCCCACUUCCUGCUUUGUACCCAUCUUGACGCUUUUGGGCCCAAAGACCUGCUCAGUGAAAAGCCUCACUGGACAGAAACACCAGGCCACAUGCAUCGCACAUAACACUGAAACAAACAGACACACCUAGCAUGUAAUUCCUGAACUUUAAAUAUAUUUUUUGUGGAAGAGACACAAGUGGAAUGUUUUUCACAAAUUUUACAGUACUCAACUUAAUCAGAAGCUAAAUAUGUUCAACUGGGUAUAUUCAGGUUUGAUGUUUCUGUUUUUCCGUGCACAAUGAUAUAAAGUACACCGUUUCAUUUAUUCAAAUUUUUAACAUCCCUCCCAUGACUGCUCAUUCUGUGAGCAUACAUAUUUGCUGUCCCUUCGGUGUCCUUCUUUGUCAUACAGGAAGUAAGGUAUUGAACUAAGUUGACAAACCCAAAGACUCACUUUUAUUCCUGUUCCCAAACUGACUCUCCUUUGUGGCUAUUUCUGAUUUUUGUUUUCCACGUCCCUUUUUUUGUUUGUUUUUUUCUUUCUCUUAAUUAGAGAGGCCUGACCUCCCGAUAGCUUAUUAGUAUAUUGAAAGAUAUAUAAAUACAGUAUAUAUAAUGUAUAUUCACAAAUGUUUUAAACCUUCAAAGUGCCUACCAUUGGGAUAAGGUCAUGCUCACAGUGAGCAUGAGGAAGGAGUCGAAAUAGCUCGACUGGGAUUCAGUGUGCAUGGAUGACUGUAAUGGUAACAUUUUUUUUUCAUUUUUAAGUCUUACAAAAAGCUGACAGUAUUGUACCUAUAAGUUGAAACAACACUACUGAAUAAACAUUGUGGC